UCGUGGCAUAGUUGGCAACGCAAUUUGUUGUUGAAAAUAUAUCAAAGAUGCCAAACACUGCACACACCAGCUAGCUUCCCUCCUUAUAUAAAGCCAUGCGCUCCCACCGCUUCUUAACAUCACUGCAACUCAGCAGCAAGCAAGCUAACUCCAUUUUGCUUUGCAUUGCCACCAUGAGAGCGCUCGCCGUGGUCGUGGUGGCCACGGCCUUUGCGGUGGUGGCCGUGCGCGGCGAGCAGUGCGGCAGCCAGGCCGGCGGCGCGCUCUGCCCCAACUGCCUCUGCUGCAGCCAGUACGGCUGGUGCGGAUCCACCUCCGCCUACUGCGGCUCCGGCUGCCAGAGCCAGUGCUCCGGCAGCUGCGGCGGCGGCGGCCCGACCCCGCCCUCCGGCGGUGGCGGCAGCGGCGUCGCCUCCAUCGUGUCGCGCUCGCUCUUCGACCAGAUGCUUCUCCACCGCAACGACGCGGCGUGCCCGGCCAAGAACUUCUACACCUACGACGCCUUCGUCGCCGCCGCCAACGCCUUCCCGAGCUUCGCCACAACCGGCGACGCCGCCACCCGCAAGCGCGAGGUCGCCGCGUUCCUGGCGCAGACGUCGCACGAGACCACGGGCGGGUGGGCGACGGCGCCCGAUGGCCCCUACUCGUGGGGCUACUGCUUCAAGGAGGAGAACAACGGCAACGUUGGGUCCGACUACUGUGUCCAGAGCUCGCAGUGGCCGUGCGCCGCCGGCAAGAAGUACUACGGCCGGGGACCCAUCCAGAUCUCCUACAACUACAACUACGGCCCGGCGGGGCAGGCCAUCGGCUCCAACCUGCUGAGCAACCCGGACCUGGUGGCGUCGGACGCCACCGUCUCCUUCAAGACGGCGUUCUGGUUCUGGAUGACGCCGCAGUCGCCCAAGCCGUCGUGCCACGCGGUGAUGACAGGGCAGUGGACGCCCAACGGCAACGACCAGGCGGCGGGGCGCGUGCCGGGCUACGGCGUGGUGACCAACAUCAUCAACGGCGGCGUGGAGUGCGGCCACGGCGCGGACAGCAGAGUCGCCGACCGGAUUGGGUUCUACAAGCGCUACUGCGACAUGUUGGGCGUCAGCUACGGCGCCAACUUGGACUGCUACAACCAGAGGCCUUUCAACUCCUAAUAGCUCGUUCUAGCUUCAAGCUUUGCACUGAUAACCACUGAUCGGAUGCUUUACAUCGAUGAAUAAGAAUUCAUCCGAGCAGACAAAUAAUACAAUCAUCAGUAAUGCCCACAAUGGCUGAUGGAAAAUAUAUUGUGCUUCCGAUUAUUAAUAAUUAAUACUUCUACAUAAUAAACAAGAUACGCUCUCCAGUUUGAGAA